AUGCAUUCAUCAGCUGCAUCACGGACGUUUUUGAGUGAAGAGGGUAUCGAUCACGUCGACGAUUAUUGUACAGGGUAUGUUGAGAGAAUACGAUUCAUGACCAUUAUACAUGUUGCUGAGUUUUUGGUAUUAGGGAUCAUUGUUCUGCGUGUGUGGGCACUGCGAGGAUCUAUCGCCCUACUUGGUCUUCUCAUUCAAGAUUACGUUGGAGAAAUUGUCGAGCUCAACACAUCCCUUGCGAGUCUUCCUGGAUGUUACGCCACCAGCGUACCGUCUAUUAUUGCUGGACAAUGGCUAGCGCCAAUUAUUGUAGAAACUGUACUCUUCGGCCUCGUUAUUUCCAGAGCGUUCUUGUGGUGGAAGGACGCUAUGCUUUUAGCCAAUUAUCUAAUGUUCGAACUCGGUCCCGUAUUCCUGUCAAGUCUUCUCGUCACGCCAUCAACGACCGCCGGAUGUAUCCUCGGGUCCCACAUGUUACUCAACCUCCGCGUUAUGUCUGGCCACAAAUUGCUGGACGAAUACGGGACAGAAUCUACCAGCGUCGAUAUCCCUGUGCCACGGCGUCAGCCGCGCACUAUCAACAGCGUUGGAAUUCUUGAUGGAGCCACGAAUCCCUUUCCAUACCCCUCACACACGGCCACGGUCCGCGACGCUAUUGAUAAGGUGUUCGAACGCCAUGAUCCUAACCACAUUAAAUGA